AUGACGAACGAUAUCAAAGAUCUCCAUGUCGUGGAAGCGGACAGCUUUCCAUACGUCGUCGAGUGGAACGUCACGGUCGCACUCCAGAAAUCAGACGGACUGGUCCGCGUGAACGUAUUCCGCCCAAAGACCGCGGGAAAGGUGCCAGUGCUAUGUACAUACGGUCCGUAUGGCAAGGACAUACCGUACAAAGACUUCCAUGCAAAAUCCUUCAGCGAGGUCAAUCCGAAUCAAAAAUCCGAGCACUCGGCCUGGGAGACGCCCGAUCCUGGCUACUGGACGAAAAAUGGCUACGCCAUUGUUCGCGCUGAUGAGCGUGGAUGCGGGCAGAGUCCUGGUCUCCUCGACACCAUGUCCCAGGGAACUUCUGAGGCUUUCUUCGACGUCGUUGAAUGGGCUGCGUCCCAACCGUGGUCGUCGGGAAAGGUGGGCCUUCUGGGUUGUUCGUACUUCGCAGGGACCCAGUGGAGAGUGGCAGCGAGAUCACCGAAGGGACUUUCGGCAAUCAUCCCUUGGGAGGGAAUGAGCGAUUACUACCGCGAUCGAUGCCGUCAUGGAGGGAUCUUGAGCAAUCAAUUCAUCACUUUCUGGUGGAAUCGUCAAGUCUUGUCGAACCAGUACGGCAAACCGGGACGCAAGGCAGCGAAUUGGGGUCCUGAUACCAUCGAAGGCGAGCUGAGUCCGGAAGAGCUCGCGCAGAAUCGCCGAGACCAGACUAUUGACAAUGUGCGCAACAAGUUCCGCGAUGAUGAGUACUAUGCUUCGAAGGACUUUGACCUCGCGGACAUCAAGGUACCUCUGCUUUCCGUGGCCAACUGGGGCGGUAUCCUGCUUCAUUUGCGCGGGAAUGUGCAAGGCUACCUACACGCAGGCAGCGAGUUCAAGUACCUCCGCUUCAUCACCGGCAGGCAUGAUCUUCCCCUGUACUACGACGAGGAAGUUGAGCUACAAAGGAGUUUCCUUGACGCAUUCCUCAAAGGUGACGACCGUCGUGGCUGGUCGGUAAAAGGAAAGCUCCCGCCUGUCGAAUUGACGCUGCGCAAAGGCAAUGUUGGCUUCAACGAUGCGGCAGCCGAGAAGGCCUACCUCCGCCGGACAGAACUGGAAUGGCCGAUUGCAAGGACCCAGUACACGCCGUACUACCUCACACCGGACCUUGGUCUCUCCACAAGCGCAACCUCCGAGGAAAAGACGAUAUCGUACAGAACUCUCGGCAACCUCAACGACCCGCAACUCGUCCAAUUCACAACCCCUCCAUUCCCCUCCGAGACCGAAAUCACCGGCCACAUCGUCGCUCACCUCUCUGUAUCAGCCUCUCAAGCCUCCCCAGGUCAAGCCACCACUCCCUCCGACAUCGACCUCUUCCUCACCCUCCGCCACAUCUCCCCAUCCGGCAAGGAAAUCUUUUACACCGGCACCGCCGGCGAUCCCGUCCCGCUGACUAAAGGCUGGCUUCGCACAAGUCUGCGCAAAGUCCACGACGAUCACCCGCGCCACCUCGAGUACCUGCCUCAUCGCGAGUAUAUCAGCAGCGAUGUUCAAGAGGUGAAGGCGGAUACUGUGUAUGAGGUCGAUGUGGAGAUUUGGCCUACUAAUGUUGUGGUUGAGAAAGGUGGGCAGUUGGUGUUGGAGGUUUCGAGUGGUGAUACGCAGGGUACGGGGAUUUUUGGCCAUAAUCAUCCUGAGGAUCGGAGCGAGGCUGUUUUUGAGGGCGUGAACAACUUGCACAUCGGUGGGCAUUGCGAGAACUAUGUGGUCUUGCCAAUUAUUCCGCCGAAGGAGUGAGGGUUUGGAGAGCUGGAGAAUGGAUUAUGCGAACAGAGGCAUGCCCACGUCUGUACUCUUCCCCAUUUGCUCGGACUGUGCAUGCCUCGACGACGAAGGAUGACAAGUAUCGCUUAACUUGCACACGCAACGAAUUGAUACAAGCCAUGUCGUCAG